AUGUCCAAGGUCUCGAGCGCCAAGUACGCGACCUUUGCACCCAAGCCGACGGCGCGCUCGGAGCGCCACCCGAUCGAGGACGCGGGCCUCUUCAAGUGGCUCUUCUUCUACUGGGCCAACCCGCUACUGCGCACGGGCAACGACCGGCAACUCGACCCGGACGACCUCUGGCCGCUCCAGGACGCGAGCAAGUGCGACGCGGUGGUCGCAUCGUUCGACCCGGCCUUCAAGCAAACGCGGUCGCUCCUCAAGACCUUCUUCCGCAUCUUUGGCUGGCGCUUCUUCUGGAUCGGCUGCAUGCAGCUGCUCGCGGUGCCGUGCACGUUGUACGGCCCGUAUGUGCUGCAGCAGCUCCUCGAGGGCAUGAGUGCGGGCACCGACUCGGCGACGCUCAUCACGUUCGUCGCCUCGCUCUUUGGCGUCCAAGUAUUUGCGGCGCUCCUCGCUGUGCACAUGGACUAUCUGGACAAGGUGAUUGUCGUGCGCUUGACGUCCGGUAUCCAGCACCUCCUCUUCCAGAAGGCCCUGCGCCUCGACGCAGCGUCGCGCAAGGCCAAGUCGGCGGGCGAGAUCUCCAACCACUUUACGUCCGACAUCAACUGGAUCAUUGGCAUGAGCUACUACACCAACUACCUCUGGAUCUUGCCCGUCCAGAUUGCGAUCACGCUCUUCAUGCUCUACUCGAUCAUUUCGUGGGCCACGUUUGUGGGCCUUGGCGUCAUCCUCCUUGUGAUGCCCAUCACGAAUGUGCUCGUGAACCGCGGCCACGAAGCCUUCGAGACGCUCAUGGAGCAAAAGGACGCGCGCAUGAAGGUCAUCAACGAGGUCUUUGGCGCCAUCCAAGUCAUCAAGUUCAACGGCUGGGAAGAGCAGUUCAAGGCCAAAAUCGAAGCGCUGCGCGGCGCCGAGCUACACACGCUGGUCCGGAUCUUCAACUUUAUGGCGUCCAACAUUACGCUCGCGUACGCUGUGCCAGCGCUCGUGACGGUCUCGAGCUUUGCGACCUACUCGCUCGUGCUCCAAGAGCCCGUGACGCCGGCCAAGGUCUUCUCAGCGCUCGCGCUCUUCAACUCGCUCAAGUCGCCGCUCAACAACUUUCCGCACACGAUCACGGGCACGAUGCAAGCCGUCGUUGCGCUCAAGCGCAUCGCCGCGUACUUGGACUUGGCCGAGAAGGCCGACGAUUGUGUCCAGACGCCGACGACGCUGUCUCCUGACCAGCUCGCGCCGUUGGCUACCGACAAGGUGGCGAUUGCGAUUGACGACGGCGCGUUUGGGUGGGACCACGAAAAGCCGAUCUUUACGGACUUGAAUUUGCGCAUCCACCAAGGCGAGCUCGUCGUCGUCCACGGCCUUGUCGGCGAAGGCAAGUCGUCGCUCUGCUCGAUCCUCCUCGGCGAGCUCGACAAGGUGCGCGGGUCGGUCUUUGUCGGUGGCCGCGUCUCGUACUUUUCGCAGCAAGCGUGGAUUCAAAACAUGACGAUCCGCGAAAACAUCCUCUUUGGCAAGCCGUACGACCGGAAAAAGUACGCAGCCGUCGUUGACGCCUGCGCUUUGACCAAAGACCUCGCCGCACUCCCCGCCGGGGACCGCACCGAGAUUGGCCAGAAGGGCGUCAACCUCAGCGGCGGCCAGAAAGCGCGCAUCGCGCUCGCACGCGCGUGCUACAACGACGGCGACGUCUUUCUCUUGGACUCGCCCUUGUCCGCGGUGGAUGCGAUUGUCUCGAACGAGAUUUUCACCAAGUGCUUUCUCGGCCUCUUGUCGAAGAAGACGGUGCUGCUCGUGACGCACAACCCCGAAAUCAUCGCGUCCAAGCACGUCGACCGCACGAUCGAGAUUGCCAACGGGAUCUGCAAGCAAACCAUCAACACGACCAAAGAAACCUUCGACUCGGCUUUCUCGCCGCUCGCGGCGCACCCGAUGGUGGCGGACGGCAAGGAGGAUGCCGAUGAGAAUGACGUGAUGGAUGAUGACGUGACUGCUGUCUCGACGGUCGCGCCGCACUUGCUCUCGCCGUCGCUGCGGUCGCCGUACAUGCCCGGUGGCUUUCACGAGAUGGUGUACACGCCCCGGCAGAACGCCGACGGCACGUUUGAAGAGCCGCUCGUCCACGGCAAGCUCGUCGACGAAGAGUUCCGCUCCGAAGGCCGCGUCUCCUCGAAUGUCUUUGGCGCGUACUUUCGCGCGGCCGGCGGCUGGCCCGUCAUCGUGCUCCUGCUCUGCGUCCAGUCGACGUGGCAGGGCCUCGCGGUCUGCGGCGACCUCUGGCUCAGCAAGUGGUCGGCGUCCUCGGCCGUCGAGGCGCCCGACGUGUUCCAAGCCAACGCAGCGUGGAACGUCGGCGUUUACGCGUGCUUUUCGCUUGGGAGCGCGUCGAUCGUCAUGGUGCGCAUCCUCAGCGUCGGCUUUGCCGGUCGGAAGGCGUCCCGCGCCCUCUUUGAGCAAAUGACGUCGGCGCUCCUCGCGGCCCCGAUGAAGUUUUUCGACACGAACCCGACCGGCCGCAUUCUGAACCGGUUUGCGGGCGACUUUAACGCACUCGACGUCGGCGUGCCCUUCUCGUUCAUGUUUGUGCUCGCGACGUUCUUCAUCGUGCUCUUCGCUAUGGGCACGACGAUCGUCGUCGUCCGGUCGCUGAGUUUUUUCAUUUUGCCGCUCUUUUACGUCUAUUACCGCGUCGGCAGCUUUUACCUCCAACCCGCGCGCGAGAUUGAGCGUCUCGGCAAGGUCACGUACUCGCCGAUGAUCAACUUGAUCUCGGAAGCGAUCGACGGCGCGGUUGUCAUCCGCGCGUUUGGCGCCAAGCAAGAACGCCGCUUCCAGCGCCUCCACCACCGCAACGUCAACCGCUACAACGAGUCGGUGUACGCCAAGCAGAUUGUCGAGCUCUGGUUCAUGCUACAGAACCAGCUCCUCUCGGCCAGCAUGAUCCUCGUCAUCUCGCUCUCGCUGGUCUACGCGCGCGCGUACCUCACGCCUGGCCUCGUCGGUCUCGUCUUCAACUAUGCACUCAACGUGCCGCUCAACCUCCAGUACCUCAUCCAAGACGCGUCCGAAAUUGAAAAAAACAUGGUGUCCCCCGAGCGCACCAUCGAGUACACGCAGAUUCCACCCGAAGCGCCGCGUGUGAUUCCUGGCGCCGUCUCGACGCAGUCGUGGCCGUCGCAGGGAGCGAUUACGUUUGAGAAUGUCAGCUUCCGCUACAAGGACAACGACCCGCUCGUGCUCAAGGACGUCAGCGUCGCGCUCCGGGGCCGCGAAAAGGUCGGCAUCGUCGCUUGCGGCCGGGGCCAUCUCGAUUGA